AAAUAUAACCAAGAAACUGGCCACCGAACAUCACAGUAAGGUCGGCAGAGCGUCGGGCAGCUGCACUCCGGUAAACUGUUAACACACCCUCACUCGUCUCCUUGUAGCUACAGGCAGAGCUGGUGACUGGAGACUCCAAUAUGGCGUGGCUAAGGGAACAAAUGAUGCUUUAUUUACCAAACUUGGUGACUUAUAUUUCCUUCACCGCCUUCAUCGUGCUUUCACUGACGUUGUUCUUCAAAAGGCAGCAGAAGGUGUGGAUGAUGGACAAGAUCCCUGGUCCAAGAGGACUCCCACUACUGGGCAGUGUUCUCGACUUAAGCAUGGACGAUAUGUGUGAAGCAUUUGCAAGAAUCGUAAAAAUCUGUAAGAUUGGUCCAGUGACGAAGUUAUGGAUUUAUAUCAGUCUUAACUGCUUGUUGAGUGGGGCCGAAGGUGUCCAGAGUCUCUUGACCAGUCAGGAAAACCUUGACAAGAGCGCCAUCUACAAUCUUGUCCACCCUUGGCUCGGGCAGGGUCUCUUGACGUCUACAGGCAGUCGCUGGCAGACCCAUCGUAAGCUGCUGACUCCGGCCUUCCACUUCAAGAUCCUGGAAGAGUUUAUGGGUGUGUUCAACAGCCAGGGAAACAAGUUAGUCCAGAAGCUACACAAGAAGGCUGACGGCCAACCCUUCGACAUCUUCUCUGAUAUUACUCUUUGUGUGCUCGAUAUCCUGUGUGAGUCGGCGAUGGGACGGUCUGUCAAUGCUCAGGAUUCCGAUCAGUCGGACUUCAUCAAAGCUGUCUUCGGGAUGGGAAGAAUAUUUAGGUAUCGGAAGUUUCGUCCUUGGUUGCACUCGGACUUUAUGUUCUGGUUACUGGGGUACGCCAAGCAGAUGGACGCUCACUUAAAGGUCCUCCACGACAUGUCCUACAGCACCAUCAAGGAGCGCAGGAAGGCCCGCCUCAACACCAACACGGCGCACCACGACCAGGAAGUGUUAGCAGGCAAGAAAAACCGGCUGGUGUUCCUAGACUUGUUACUGGAAUAUGCGGAUAAGACGCCCGGUAUCACAGACGAGGACAUCAGGCAGGAGGUGGACACGUUCCUGUUCGCCGGACACGACACCACCGCCUCCGCCAUCAACUGGGCUCUCUAUCUCUUGGGGCAUCACCCAGAGAUCCAGGCUCGGGUACAGGAGGAGCUGGACGGAAUCUUCGAGGACAGUGACGGGCCUGUGACUAUGGCAGACCUCCGGGAGAUGAAGUACUUGGAGAACUGCAUCAAAGAGACCCUCAGGUUGUAUCCUCCUGUGCCCAGUUUCUCUAGAGAGCUUACCGAAGAUCUUGUCAUAGACAACUUCCUCAUUCCCGCUGGCACCACCGUCUCCGUCAUGACUUACAGCCUGCACCGUGACCCUAAGCAGUUCCCAGACCCAGAGAAAUUUGACCCUGACCGCUUCCUGCCCGAGAACGCCAGAAAGCGUCACCCCUUCGCUUAUGUGCCGUUCAGUGCCGGGCCCAGGAACUGCAUUGGCCAAAAGUUCGCCAUGAUGGAACUGAAGGUGGUGUUGAGCAAGAUCCUGCGAACCUUCCUUGUGGAGAGCGUCGUUUCCCGGGAGAAACUCAGGAUCUAUGACCAGAUUGUUCUGAAACCUGAAGGCGGUAACUUCUUAAGGCUGUUCCCUCGUGUAUGUGAACAUAAGAACAUAAGAAAAUAAGGAGUCUGCAAUAGGCCGGUUGGCCUGUGCAUGGCAGCUCCUGUCGAGAG